AGGAAGCCGGGUGCCAGCCGGCUGGCCGGCAUCAGCAAGCAGAGCCAGCGGGAGCUCCCAGCCGGCCCCAUGGUGCGGCACCUGGGGAGCGGCGGUGCUGCUGCUCCCCCCGUAGGAGGACGGGGGCCGGCGACGCCGCCGCCGCGGAGCGAGGAGGAGGAUGCCGGGGGCGCGGGGCAGCACCCCCAGUACCAGGCGGUCGCCAUGGAGGCGGCGGCGGGCGCCCAGGAGCCCGGAGGCGGCGGCAGUAGCUGCUGCUCAGGCUCUUCCCGGCCGCGCUGCAGGCUCCCGUGGGCACGGAAGACGCCCGGAACAAAGAAGAAAUUCACCUGCCCAGGACUUGGCCUGUUUUAUACUAUAUUGUCUGCCUUCCUUUUCUCGGUGGCUUCUUUAUUUCUUAAAAAAAUUGAAGAUGUUCAUUCAGUGGAAAUCAGUGCAUUUCGAUGCGUUUUCCAAAUGGCAUUUGUUCUUCCUGGUUUAAUAUACUACAAAACAGGGUUUUUGGGACCAAAAGGUAAACGAGUUUUUCUUUUCUUUCGAGGAUUCCUUGGCUCUGGUGCAAUGAUUCUUCUCUACUAUGCUUUCCAAGUAAUGCCUCUAGCUGAUGCCACUGUUAUAACUUUCAGCAGUCCAGUUUUUACAUCGUUGUUAGCCUGGAUAUUUCUCAAGGAGAAAUACAGCCUUUGGGAUCUUCUUUUUACCCUCUUUACGAUCACUGGAGUGGUGCUUAUUGCAAGACCACCUUUUCUAUUUGGAUCCAAUAUUAUAGGGAUUGAAGGAAGCUAUACAAAUCAUCUUAAAGGAACAAUAGCUGCUGUUAUAAGUGCAGUGUCAACAGCUUCAACUUUUGUUAUAUUAAGAAAGAUGGGGAAAUCUGUGCAUUAUUUUUUGUCUAUUUGGUAUUAUGCAGUAAUUGGAUUAAUUGUAUGCAUUGUAGCACUGUUUGUAAUAGAUGAAUGGACUUUACCAUAUUGUGGUACAGAUAGAUUUCUCCUAAUAUUAAUUGGACUGUUAGGGUUGGGGGGUCAGAUAUUUCUCACAAAAGCAUUACAGAUAGAGAAGGCUGGUCCUGUUUCCAUAAUGAAAACUAUGGAUGUGGUGUUCGCUUUUAUCUUACAGAUUCUUUUCCUCAAUCAUCUGCCAACUUGGUGGACGGUGGGUGGUGCCCUUUGUGUAGUAGCCAGUAGCUCUGGAACUGCCAUUCGUAAGUGGCAACAAAAUUCAAAAAAGGCUAAAGAAAAUGAAAUCUAGCAAGUCAGACGCUUUCAUCACAGAAACAAAGAUAAGCAUCAUAAUCUUGGGAAUAUAUAUUUUAUAGUAAGAUAUAUUUUAUUUAUUUAAAAUAUUUCAUUUAUUUAACUCUUACCAAAUUGUCCCCAAGAAGAGGAGUCAGCUGACUUUCAAGCAGCAUAGCAAAUAUUUUAACUAGCUGGUUCAGCAUAUGCUACUCAGUGUCAUACUGAGCAAGGCAUUGGUGUAUUUUCACAGAUCUUGCUGUCUGUUUCCUGAUUGCUGUCUUAAACAGGCAGUAACUGUAUACAGAAGUUUGGUUUUUUUUUCUUUCCCACAAACUAGUGUUGUUCCUUUAAAAUUUUUGGGCCUGAUUCUCCACUUCUUACACCUUGUAUAGUCACUUACCCAUCUCUAAAGUGGGAGUAAAAGUCUACCAUUCUAAGGUAGUAGUUUGCAUUCAUUUACUACAGGUAUAACUGAAUAGAAUAUGAGUAAGGCAGUGGAGUCUUAUUUUUUCUUAACUCUACUCAAAUUUUCUAUUUUUAAUCUUAGUGUUUAGUGACGUAGUUUCAUGAAUACACUUACUCCAAGCAGCUAGGGCCCCAUUCAGCAAAAAGAAACAACAACAAAAUAAUACAGCUUCUGUACAACAGGCAUGCAAGGCUGAUACAUGUGGCAGCCUCCAAAAAUCUCUGCAGAAAACAGAAGCUGGAUAUGUUGGGAUUUUUCUUAAUUGGGUUCUACAUAAACAUAUGCUCUUUAAUCUUCCAUAUUAUUUUUGAAAAUUCUUUUGUUUUUCUGAUUAUCAAAAGAGAGCAGGGCUGAUAAUGCCAAAGUAAAUCUGAAAACUAUUUGCAGUGGCUUAACGUAACAUUGUUAGUUAACUUUUAAUUUAAAGUGACUUUCCCAAUAGACCAAGUCACAUUGAUUUACUAUUACUUUAGUUGCUACAAUUUCAGUGAUUAAAGAAAAUGGUUGUUAAUAUAGCCCUUUGUGAGUUGACCAUUUCUUAUGCUACAAAAUGUUAUGCUGUAGUUGCACUAUCCUUAAUUCUAUGCAAAAAAUUUUAUUUGUAUUUUUUUAGGUAUUUAAUUUAGAUUACUCAAAAUGCUGUUCAAGAAUUUUGUUUAAUACUUUGUAUAAAAUAUUUUUGUGGAAAAAAAAAAAGUUGCACUUUUCUUGGCUGCAGUUAUGUUUAAUGUUUUAUUGUAAAACCUCCCAUUUCUUGUUUUCACUAGCUAAUGAAAGGUAUUUAGAGAUUCCACAAACAGCACAGCGUCAUAGUGGAGAAUAUACAAAAUGUACCCUGCACUCCUCACAUGUCAUCUUUAAUGUUUGAAGACUACAUUUUGAUAGCAAUGACUACGGUAAUAUUACAAUAUAGAGUCCAGUUUCCCAGUUGUAUGGGCAGGAAGAGAAGAUCACUAUAAUACAUAGUGACAGGUUUCAGAGUAGCAGCCGUGUUAGUCUGUAUUCGCAAAAAGAAAAGGAGUACUUGUGGCACCUUAG